CGAUCGCGUUUUCACGCGUUUUCUCCAAAGCCGACGAACGCGAUUGUCGUUGCGGGUCGCGGCGAACGGUCUACUUUUCUCCGGCUUCUCUGCUUUGCAAAAGAAAUUAAUAAAGAUGAGGUUGACGUCGCUGUUUUUUCGUAACGCGAGGCAACCACAGAAUGAGAAGAAGGUACCCUUCAAGGCGAUCAUGCCGUUAAAACUAAGGGACUUUGUGAGUUCGAAGGGAGGUCGGAGAACAUCGGAACACGGAUGUUUGUACGAGAUGACCUUGCUUUUGUCGUGCCUUGAAGAAAAUGAGUUCGAAGACAAGAGAUGUGUCCAGCAAGUAAACGCAUUAAAUAAAUGCUACAAAACUUACACCGAUAACGUGCAGCGUAUGCGCUCCACGCAGGAUCAAGUGGUACCUGUACCCGAAAGUAAGAACCUCACGCACAAGCAGGUCACGUAUCUUCUACGAAGUUAUCCAACAGUAUAGCGUUUUUACAUCUGUAGUACUGCAUACAUUAACAUGUGUUGUAAAAACUAUUUAAUUGUUACCAUACUUAAUAUAAGUGCAUAAAAAAAUGUUUCUGUAAAUA